GAGGCGGGCGGGGCCAUGGCGGCGGUGGCGGCCGCCGGCUCCCCGCCGCGUGGCACCGAGGUGAGCGUGGCCGGGGGCGGCGGGCGCGUGGCGGUGCGGCUGCAGGCGGCGGCGGCGGGGCGGGGGCGCGGGCGGCGGGGGCGCGCGCGGGCGGCGCUGGGCCCGGGGCUGGGGCUGGGGCUGGGGGCCGGGCGGGCGCCGCAGCUCUUCGAGCGCGCCUCGUCGCGCUGGUGGGACCCGCGCUUCGACUCGAGCAACCUGGAGCAGGCCUGCCGCGAGCGCCGCUUCCCGCAGACGCGGCGCCGGCUCCGCUACGCGCUCUGCUACCUGGGCGCGGCGGCGCUGCUGUGGGGCGCCUACCUGGGCUGGCGGCGGGGCGGGGGCGGGGCGGCGGCGGCGGCGGGGGUGGCGCUGGCCUUCCUGGCCGCCUGCCUGGCCGCGCUUCUCUUCACCUUCACGCGCGCCUACGGCCGCCACCCGGCCGGCUCGUCGCUGGCGCUGACCCUCCUGGUGCUGGCCCUCCCGCUGGCCACGCAGCUGCCGACGGCGCCCGGGCCCGGCGCGGGGGGCAACGGGAGCGCGCGCGCCGCGCCCCCGCCCUGCCUGUCCCCGGUGGGCAGCUUCUCGCUGUGCGUGGCCGCGCUGCUCCUGCUCUACGCCGUGCCGCACCUGCCGCUCUACCUGAGCCUGCUGUUUGGACUGGGCGGUUCGGCGCUCUUCGAGGCGCUGGGCUACGGCUUCCGCGACGAGCGCUGCUUCGCGCGCCCGCCGGGCCAGCGGCUGGCCCCCUGGGAGCUCCUGGGCAAGGCCCUGCUGCACCUCUGCAUCCACGCCACCGGCGUUCACCUCUUCAUCAUGUCGGAGGUGCGGUCCAGGAGCACCUUCCUCAAGGUGGGGCAGUCCAUCAUGCACGGGAAGGACCUGGAGGUGGAGAAGGCCUUGAAGGAGCGCAUGAUCCACUCGGUCAUGCCCAGGAUCAUCGCCGACGACCUGAUGAAGCAGGGGGAUGAGGACAGCGAGAACUCCUCCGUCAAACGCCAUUCUGCCUCCAGCCCCAAAAGUAGGAAGAAGAAACCAUCUAUUCAGAAGACCCCCAUUGUCUUUCGCCCCUUCAAGAUGCAGCAGAUAGAACAAGUCAGUAUUUUGUUUGCCGAUAUUGUAGGCUUUACCAAAAUGAGUGCCAACAAAUCUGCGCAUGCCUUGGUGGGGCUUUUGAACGACCUCUUUGGCCGCUUCGAUCGCCUCUGCGAGGACACCAAGUGCGAGAAGAUAAGCACUUUGGGGGACUGCUACUACUGUGUGGCAGGGUGUCCCGAGCCCCGAGCGGAUCACGCUUACUGUUGCAUCGAGAUGGGCUUGGGCAUGAUCAAAGCCAUUGAGCAGUUUUGCCAAGAGAAGAAGGAGAUGGUGAAUAUGAGGGUUGGCGUACACACCGGAACAGUCCUUUGUGGCAUUUUGGGAAUGAGGAGGUUUAAGUUUGAUGUCUGGUCCAAUGAUGUCAAUUUAGCUAACUUAAUGGAACAACUGGGUGUCGCUGGAAAGGUCCAUAUUUCAGAGGCUACUGCAAAAUACUUGGAUGAUCGCUACGAAAUGGAGGAUGGAAAGGUGAUGGAGCGUGUGGGCCAGAGCGUGGUAGCAGACCAGCUGAAAGGUUUGAAAACAUACUUGAUCUCUGGCUUGAAAAAGAAGGAGACACAUUGCAGCUGCUCAGAGACGCUCCUCCUUCCAGGUCUAGAAGCAGGAGAUGGAAGCAAGUCACAGGGAACUUCAUCGGAGAAUGUGGAUGAUUUAGCAAAAACAUUCAAGUACUUAGAAAAAAAUAAGAUCUGCCAUUCGUGCAGUGUUACUUUUUCCCCUGGCUGUGCUGUGAGUGCAGAGGAAGGAACAUUUCAAAAUGGAUGCCAGGAGGACCAUAAGACCAGCACAAAGAGUCCUGGGGGAGGCAGCCCAAAGUCUCGGAAUGGACUUCUAAGUCCCCCACAAGAGGAAAAACUCAGCAACAGCCAAACGUCUCUUUAUGAAAUGUUGCAAGAGAAGGGAAGAUGGGUUGGAGCAAGCUUGGAUCAUUCGGCUCUUCUGCCAUUGCGGUUCAAAAAUAUCCGAGAAAAAACAGAUGCUCACUUUGUUGAUGUCAUUAAAGAAGACAGCUUGAUGAAAGACUAUUUUUUUAAGCCACCCAUUAACAAGUUGAGCCUGAACUUCCUUGAACAUGAUUUGGAGAUGGCCUACCGGAGCAGCUACCAAGAAGAGGUUGUUAGAAGAGUCCCUGUGAAGACCUUCGCUAGCGCUACCUUCAGCUCCCUCCUGGACGUAUGCCUAUCCGCCACCGUCUUCCUCAUCCUCUCCAUCGCUUGCUUCCUGAAACAUGGGGUGGUGGCCUCUCCUCCUCCUCCUGCAGCCGUGGCUGUGGCAGUAGUGGCCGUCUUGCUCGAGGUGGUCUCUCUUACCGUCUCCAUCAGGAUGGCUUUCUUUCUGGAGGAUAUGAUGGUCUGCACCAAGCGACUCUUGGAAGUGAUUGCUGGGUGGCUGCCCCGACACUUCAUCGGAGCCGUUUUGAUCUCCCUGCCUGCUCUUGCGGUCUUCUCACACUUCACCUCUGAGUUUGGAUCCAACCUCUAUUCCACCAUGUUUAUGUGUUCUGCAGUUCUCAUCACAAUAGUCCAGUACUGUAACUUUUGUCAGCUCAGCUCCUGGAUGAGAUCCUCUUUGGCUACCCUUGUUGGGGGGGUCCUCCUCCUCCUCCUGUACGUGUCCUGGUGUCCUGACAGCGUCUUGGAGGAUUCAAACCUUGUUUCAUUGAGGAACCUAAGCUUCAUAGAGAAUGUCUGCAACAGGUCUGCAUCAGAGGACUUCAGUAGGCCGGCAGAUCUGAUUGGCCUGGAAGUGGUUUUAGGCCUCUUCCUUCUCCUUGUCUUAGUUUGGUUCUUAAAUCGGGAGUUUGAGGUGAGUUACCGUCUCCAUUAUCAUGGAGAUGUGGAAGCUGAUCUUCACCGUACCAAGAUUCAAAGCAUGAGGGACCAGGCGGACUGGCUCCUGCGGAACAUCAUUCCCUACCAUGUGGCCGAGCAGCUGAAAGUGUCUCAAAGCUAUUCCAAAAACCACGACAGCGGGGGUGUGAUCUUUGCCAGCAUUGUGAACUUCAGUGAGUUCUACGAGGAGAAUUACGAAGGAGGCAAGGAAUGUUACCGCGUCCUGAAUGAACUGAUUGGAGACUUUGAUGAGCUGCUAAGCAAGCCUGAUUACAGCAACAUUGAGAAAAUCAAAACCAUCGGGGCCACCUACAUGGCUGCCUCUGGGCUGAACGCUUCCCAGUGCCAGGACAGCAGUAACCCUCAUGCCCAUCUGCAGACGCUCUUUGAAUUUGCCAAAGAAAUGAUGCGUGUGGUGGAUGACUUUAACAACAACAUGCUGUGGUUCAAUUUUAAGUUGAGGAUCGGCUUUAACCAUGGCCCCCUGACAGCUGGGGUCAUCGGCACCACCAAGCUCUUGUACGACAUCUGGGGGGACACUGUGAACAUAGCAAGCAGGAUGGACACCACGGGAGUCGAGUGCCGGAUCCAGGUGAGUGAGGAGAGUUACCGCAUUCUUCACAAAAUGGGCUAUGACUUUGAUUACCGUGGGACAGUCAAUGUGAAGGGCAAAGGCCAAAUGAAGACUUUCCUCUAUCCCAAAUGCAUGGACAGUGGGGUGGUGCCCCACCAUCAGUUGUCUAUCUCUCCAGAUAUUCGGGUUCAAGUGGAUGGCAGCAUUGGGCGGUCUCCAACUGAUGAGAUCACCAACUUGGUGCCUUCUGUACAGAACUUGGACAAGAUGCCUCCCGACAUAGAGCUCAAAGAUUUGCUUCCCCGCUUCAAGAAGUUUCCCAAAGAAUUGGUUAAAUUAGACAGUCGCCCUCAGUUUGGUGCAGCUGGUGAGAAGGGUGUCUGUGAGGAGGCUGGGCCAGGGGAGGUCAAUGAACUGACCAAACUGAACAGCUCCCGGAGUGUGUGAUGCCCAUCGAUUCUUCUCAGCGAGAAAUCUGAGCUCUCUCCAACUGACCUUUUCUCUUGCACAGUGGGCUGACAGGAAAUGACACAGCCUGGCUCAGUUGUUACCCGUUUCUUUGGGCACCUGAAUUGGAGAGGAUCGUAGCCAUGCCAGGCUCUGGCCCCUCUUUUUCACUUCCCUUGAAAUGUUUAUUUUUUCCUGAGAGGAGACAUCAAGUGCCUUCAGACAGACUCUGCUGGACUCCUCUCUGGACUGAGGAGGAGCGAUAUAGAUUGGGGAUUGGAACACAUUUAAAGGACAAGCUGUGGUUGCUUCAUUUUUGUUUCUCAUCAACAGCUUCCUUUGCACCUCCAAGCAGAGUGAAUAAAUAGGUGUGAGUGUGUACAGCACUCAUAUUUUAUAUGUAAACACGGACAAUUGCAUGUUUGCCUACCUUCUGUGAUCGACACUAAGAACUGCUCAAAGGAGAUACCAGGGGCCGGAAGGAAUGAUCAUCUUGGAACAGGGAGGAAUGAGAAGAUUUCAUUUGGAGUUCAGUACUUACUAAAGAAGCAGCUGAGCUGUUGUUUGCCAAAAUCAGAUUAAAGUGCCAUUGUGCUUUCUGGAACGCUGGACUUGCCGUUUCCCGGCAGAUCAGAAGGGGGCAGGUAGUGUACAGCCCAUCUUUCCCAGCCAGUCGGAUUUGCUGGUGCCGCCAGUUUUGGUCCUGGUGGUUCUUCAUUUUUCCUUUGCCAAUUUAGGGGGCAGGUAGUAAGGCCUGACUUGGGCCUGCCUCACUUUAUUUUCUGCUUUGGGGGCCCUGCUGGCCCCCAUCAGUUUACCUGUCUACAUGCAAAAGCCAGCCUGUCCCUCAGCAGAAUUUGCCCCAAAGGUGAUGAUAAUACCUCCAGGGGCAUCUGGAUUAACUCGUGCAGUAUUUGAGUCAUAACUGUGUGUCACAAGAUGUCAAAACAAGCGGGAGUAAGAUAAGACCUCAGCCAUGUAGCCUUUUGCUGAGGAAAUGAUACACUCUUUUAUUUGGCACAAUAUUUUUAUUCCAGUAUACUCUAGUGAAAUAUUGGUCCACCUAAAGAAAAGAAAUUCAAUCAUAAAUCUCUAAUAUUAAUAUGCAAAAAUGAAUAGGGACUGACUUACUUUUUUCCAAGCUCAAAUAACCUGAAAAUCAAAAUGCUUUUAGGGUUAGACAAACUUGGGCUACUUUAAAAGUAUUAAGUUUUAAUGUAUCAUAGAACUCUCCUUUGGCACUUUUUCACCACCAGACUUGAUGAAGCCUGAAGAUGACAGAGUUCCCUCUUUUUGUGGGUCAGCUGAUUCUGUUAAAACUAGAGUAUAGGCUUUUUUCCUGCCAAUUAUUGAACGCAUCCCAAGAAUUUGUGGCCCAAGGAGCUUUUCUGUACCUCAUUCUUUCUUUGAAUCUACCAUCACAGAUGUGCCAAACAGCACUACAGUGCGCAAGCCCCUUUUCCAGCAUGGGCUGAAGGCGCAGCAAUGCAGGCUGCCCUCCACGCUUUUCAGGGAGGAAAACAGGGCUGUGUGCUUCGCAAAGCGCAAUUACAAAGGCAACCUUUUUUUCUGCCUAGCAUACUGUGGUUACAUUCGUAAACACCAGGAUUGGGAAUUACCAGCAAUGUACGCAAUAGGUUAUUAGGAGUAGGCUGCACUCAUUUGGAUGCAUCUUCUUGCCUCCCUUUCAGUCGAGCUUCCAGAAAAAUCAGUGUCAAUUUAUAUUCUCUAUAAAUGAAUAAUCUGAGGUUACCCUUUGAAUCCUAGUCUCUGUUUGAACUGCUGUUUUCCCUAUGCUAAGUGGAUCGUGCUUAAUGCCAAGCCUCAGCAGGCAGACAGCUACUAGAAAGAACUUUUUUGGGUGGUGGCAUUUUGCUUCAGGAUCAAAAAUAGCUAUACUCCUUCGAUUUCUUCCUGGGUUCUGCUCUCAGUAUGGAGUAGAUUGUUGAUUGCCUAGGGUUUCCUGCCAAAAGGGACCUGCAGAGUUAAAUUCAACCUUUUCAGAUAAGAGCAGUAGCAUUGCCUAGAUUGCUGCUGAGAGUAGCUCUUUCUUGUGUCAAAAGUGCAGAAAGUUCUGAGUCUUUAUUUUAUUUACUUCAGUUCCAGACACCAGUGGUCUUGGAGAGGGAAAGAGCUUGGCCAUUUUAUGGUUCAGCAACUGUUGUGUUCAGUUAGCAAAGUAACCUGAAAAGUAAAUUCCACAACCUCCUUUUGAAGAAUGCAGCAUGCUAUCUUGAAGCUUUUAUCUAUGGCAAACAGGGUAGCUUGCUGGCCUAAGCCAUCUUGGAUCCUAGAAAGUAUUUCUUGCUGUGACCAAAUAACUGCUUCAACCAAGGUUAGUGGGGUAUUCCAGCCCUUUCCCUGUCAGAAAGGUCCAGAAGACAAGUUAAACAGGCUUCCACAGACAGUUUUUAUUCUAAAAGCUGUUCAUGUUGCCACUAUCUGCAGGUAACUAGAUGGAAAGAAGGGUCCCUUGGGAAAAUGGAGUAACUGUUGAGCAUUUCAAGCAUAGCAAAACAGCAACAAAAAUUCUGAAAGAAGACAGGUUGUGGGUCCAUCAUGGUAGUUCAGAAGUUUUGAAUAAGUGCUUUAUUAAAUGUGUAUGUAAAUAAUACAACUCCAAUACUGUGCAGUGUCCUGUAUUUUGGUUUGGAAUAUUCUGAGAUGAGAGAACUUGACAAUAUAAUGGGAAAUUGCAGGCUGAUAGAAGAAAUACACUGAUGGACUAACAAGCAGCAAAUUCCUGAAGGGUAGGAGGGACGGGUGGGAUAGUAAGAGAAGCCAAGGUCUGGUGCCUUUUUGUAAGGAAACUCCUCACAGUUUAGGCUAGGCUGUACUGUAAAGUGGCUUAAGGAGACAUCAAGGCCUGAUGUGGAAAGAGAGACGGGAGACACUUGUACAGAAGAGGGCUAGGAAGGAGCUCUGCCUUGCUUUGCUGAAAGUGGAGUUUCAUUAAAAUUCUUGUCACUUACUGAAGUUAGAUUCAGUCAAAUCAAGGCAGUAAGUGCCUGUUUGGGAGUGGAUCAAGCCUGCAUCCUCUUCUGCUGACUGUAAUCUCUUGAUCAAAGUCUUUGCUUUUGACUUCCACAGCAAGCAAUUUCCUCCUUGCCUGUCAUCUGGGAUUGUCUGGUUUGCUCCCUAGUAAAUCCUGGCAGGAAUAAUAGUUUCUCCUUUUUCUCCAUAACUUGCAUUUCCUACAGAGCAUCUGCUAGUUCUGAAGUGUGCAGGGAUCACAAUGGUGCCAGUGGGGCACUGUUCCCAUUUUACAGAAACAAUACCUCUAGAAGAGGCCACGGGACUAUUGACCUCCGUGAGAAACUCCUGAGCACUGGAGAAUUUGAGGGCUGCCCAAGUGUAUGCUGGUUCUUCACUGCUACUGCCUCUCCUGUGCUGCUGAUCCACAUAGCAGGGAGGUUUGAGUAUCUGCUCUCCUAGAUCUCAGAAGCAAGAUACACCAGAUCAUCUUAAUCUGGACAGGAACAUUUUAUGUCUGAUGGCUGGUUGGUGUGUUUUAGGAGUUUUCUGGGGCUGUUUCAUCUUAGCAAUAGGCCCUGGCAGAUGCAUUUUGUCCUGGGAAAUAGGAAGUGGUGCAUCUCCUUUGCCUCUGUCUUAAGUCUGGGCUAUGCAACACCCUUGUCUGUCCUCAGUGUACACAAGAAUUGAUCCUUUGUCACUGUUGCCUCUUGUGCUGAAUUAGGGGAAGAGCAAGAGAUAAGCAAUGAAACUUGAAGCCGCUUCAUUGGCUUGAAAUGUGUCUAUGCUCAAACCAUGUGCCUACAUACAGUGAAUUGGACUAUUGUGUACUCAGGACAAUUUCUUGGGUAAACAUGAUAUAAUUUAUUAAUUAAUCUUCAGCUGGUUUGCAGGGUACAUAAGGCUCAAUAGUGCCAUAUGAACGCAUCAGGGUUGUUGGGCUUCCCUUGAGCCAGGCUUUCCGAGGGAAGGCUCCUGAGCAACUGGGCUGGAUUUUAAAAUCCAUUCCUUGGCAUGGCCUUGACUCCUCUCAAGCCACUCCUGUGCUGGGGUGGCCCAGAGGUUAACUGACUGUCGGAAGUGUGGAGAGUAUUGCCAGAUGUGGGAUGUAAAUAGCCGCUGAGAAUAGGCCUGACUGGCACCUGAGAGCAAAGGUGAAAUGCUGCAAGAUGAAUGGGGAAGAACGGUAGAAACCUUUCUUUGUUACUUAGGCAAUGUAAUCAAUUCUCUAUUAAACUCUUCUGUAUUGGA